AUGACGGAUUUGGUAAUAACGCUAGGGGGAAGAGAAAUAUGCAGGACUCUGUUCAAGAAAGAAUCCAUGGCAGGUUCUUGCAGUAAAGAGAAUGCAAAUGAUUCAGAUAAUGAUGGCGAUUGCUCCUUUUCUGGAUCUUCCAAGACUUUUAAUCCCGAGAAGACAGUUCAAGAAAAGAAGUCUUGGUUGAACUACGAAUUAAUUGGGAAAGAAGUUUCAAAAGUGAAGAUCACAGUGGACAAAGAGAAGGUGAAGUGGCUUAAAGCAUCAAGGGAUUAUUCGUUUUUGUCAUCUGAUAAUGACAAGUCUAUGAUAAACCCUAAUCCUUGGAUGGUUAAGAAUGUUUCCAAAUCACGUGCUUCAAUUGCGAAGAAGAAACCUGAGGAAUCAAGAAAGGUGAAAGCGACACCAAAACCACUAGUGUUAUCCUCUAAACCACGGAGUAAGGAAUCAGGGUUCAAGAACACGGGUCAAUCAAAUCUGGAAGGUCGUGUUCUAAAGAGAAAACAAGUAAUCUAG